CGCGAUGUUUGACUCGCAGUCGCCGUGCAGGCACGAGACGGAAUUCCUGGGCUCGCUCGCGCCGUCAGUCACUGCGCCCAGUGGCGCGAGACGCCACUAUUGCUACUGCGGACCCCGGCGCGCGCGCGCAGUCCGUGCAGGUUCUUCGCGUUGCAGCGUCUUCUGCUAACAAGUCUGGCUUGGAUGUCCCGGGCUGCGCGUGCUGCUGGUGGUAGGGAUGAGGAUGGUCGUGUUACUGCUAUUGCUGCUGCUCCUGCCGCCGCGGCUCGAAGCAGCCGCUCCAUGACUGACGGACUGACACAGAGGGGGAAGGAGAGUGGCUGCGCAGGCGCAGCCUUCUACCCAAUGGGAAGGCUUGCCUUAUCGGCGUUCGGCUAGGAAUGCCUGCGAAUCUGCUCGGCUUGCUCAGCUCGCUUGUUCCAGUUAAGGUUACGGAGAAGAGAGAACGAAGAUGAGCCGGAAGAAGGAGCACGUGCGCGAAGUGACCGGGAAGGGGGCGGGGCCAGAGCGUAGAGGCGAAGCACCGUGAAAGAAGGGAAGAGGCGCCCUCGCUACUGCUGCAACUGCAAACUGUUACCAUGGCUGCAAUUUACUCUGGCAUUCAUCUGAAGCUGAAAAGUACAAAGACAUCUUGGGAGGACAAACUCAAAUUGGCUCAGUUUGCAUGGAUUUCUCAUCAGUGUUUUCUUCCAAACAAAGAACAAGUAUUACUGGAUUGGGUGAGUCACACACUUGUUUCUUGUUAUAAGAAGCUUGAAUUGCCAGAUGAAAUAAUUGAGAAGCUUUGGGUAUACCUGGACAACAUUCUUCAUAGCAGGAAACUGCAGAAUAUUUUGAAGGAUGGAAAAACAAUCACCCUGCGUUUUUCAAUUGCACAGGUCAUAAAUGAAAGGCUUUCCAUUUAUUACACUCAAAAAACCCUGAGGAAUAUCAACACAGUGCUAAGUUGUUGUAGCGGCAUCCUUUCCACACCGCUCUCCAUCGUUUAUACCGCAAAAUUUGAAUUGCUGGUGGAUCUUCUGAGCAAGUUGUCCUGGUUAGGAUGCUGGCAGUUGUCAUCCAAAGAUGCUAUAUUCUCCCAGUUGUUCGAUGUCCUUCAGCUGACCUUCAAGCAGUACCUCCUGAUUCAGAGGCAGCAAAGCAAUGCAAAUCGUGUAUUUGGACAAGUGACUAAACACCUGCUUCAACCUUGCCUGCUCCUGAGACAUUUGCUCACAGCUGGGGUGUGGAUGCAGUCAGAUGAUGGUCAUGGCCACCAACAUGUGAGCAAGGAGAUUCGUAACUGUGUAGACACUUUGCUGAGGGCUGGACUCUUCCAGUCGGAGCUCUUGCCCUCCUAUAGAGAGGAGCUGAUGCCUGAGAAGGAAUCCUGCAACAUAAAGAAAGGGCCUCUGAAAAGUCUCCUGCUGCCAGCCAGCACAAUCCAGGCUGCGUUAGAGGAUGCAAGUUUUUGUGAGCCAGCUCUUCAUGGGAAAGUGGUAGCAAAUUCAGUGCCUCUGCUCUUUAAGCUCUUUUUGGAGUCUUAUAAUAAAGCUGAAAACCACCUAGUCUGUUUCCACAUGCUGACCAGACUUUUUGGCUGCCUGAGGAUUUCUUGUCUAAAAGGAGAUCUUUGGAAUGACAAGCUUUCUCCCUCUGAAUGGAGCCCAGAGCUCCUAUCAGUGGAGCAGCUUCUGAACUCUGUGCUGAGCAACAGUAUCUAUAAUGUUGCUGUUGACAGGAUUCGGCAUAAGGAAGUCCAGUUUCACUUUUACCGCCGAUUGGCACAGACUCUGAUAAAUUACUCACAGGCUACUAUACCUGCCUGGUUUAGAUGCCUCAAGGUCUUGAUCUCAUUAAAUCAUUUGAUUGUAGAGCCUGAUUUGGAUGACUUGGUGGCCUCUGCUUGGAUUGAUGCAGAAGUCCCUGAGCCACGUACAAAAAAGGCUCAGGAGGCUCUUGUUAACGUGCUCUUCCAGACGUAUGCCAAGUUGCGGCAGUUCCAAAAACUCUUUGAAGAGAUUGUGUCUGUCAUCUGCCGUCCGGCUGCAGAAGAAUUAAGGCUCCCAGUUCUGCCUGCUGGUAUCAGAACCAAGCUCUGUGAUUGCCUUCUAGAUCUGCCACCUAAUCAGAUACUGGACAUCUUAUCUCUCAUAUUGGAGAAAUGUCAGACAUGCAUUAUUCCAGAAGUCAAAGGUGAUUCUGAUGCAGCCUUGAAACUUCAUUCCAUGAGUGUGUUGCUGCAUUCGAUUCUGUUCAAUAUGAGGAGCUUGGAUGAUUCCACCCCAUUGCCUGUUGUGCGUCGGUCUCAGAAUCUGUUGGAGACAAUGAAGGGAGAGGUCAUCCAGGCUUUGUUGGACCUACUGAAGGAUUGCCAGGCAGAGGAAGGGGAUCUGGAACUUUGGGCAGAGAAAGUUAGGGACUCUACUCUCCUCCUUGCUUGCACUUGGGUAAUGACUGAUACACUGUUUGAGUUAAAUUGCAGCAAGUAUGUCUCCUCACUUGCCAAAACAGCUCUUGCAGGUUCUGAUUUGACUGUAAGCUGCUGGGACUUCUCGGCUCUUCUCCCUGGCUUGGAUGUACAGUACUGGGAGAAGAUAGUAAAGCUUCUAGGCUCUUCAUACGCAGGGAGUAGAUAUUGCAUGGAAUGGCUAAUGCUUCAGAAAAUGAAGAAAAUGUUGAUGCAUGCCAGCUCUCAGACUGAGGCCUCAUGUCAGACUUUGCAACUUGCUGCAGCUUUUGUCCUUCAUUCUGGAAAACCUUUUAUGACCGGAGAGGAGACUGAACCGUGGGAUGGCAAUGCAGGCACCAUAGAUAGUUUCACUUACCCAACUGCACACUGGCACCUUGUAGUCUCAAACCUUCUUAUCCUACACCCCUAUCUUUCCCUGAAUGAUACACUGUAUGUUGCAGAAGUGCUCCUGAAGACACUGCUGGUGAGUCAAAUGCAGGUGGCUCUUGCUGACAACAAUGAUUCUUUAAUCACAGUUGGAAAGGUGUCCAGAGAUCUUCUCUGCAGUCCUCUUCUUCCAGAAAUGCAGCUGCUCCACUCAUCUUUCAUAAGCCACAUAAUUCAGCAUUGUUCUAGUGUGCUAUACCCUACAGUUCAGAAUGCGACCUACCAGCCUCUUAAACAACUGUCUGCAGAAAAUAUUCCCUGGUGUGAAGGCAUGCCAUAUGGCCACAGUGCCAGUUUAGGGCCUAGAGAUCAACCCUCCAUGUGCUGGAUAACGAUGGAGGAAGUUGCUCAGAAUAUAUUAUCCUUGGUGAAAGAAAGACCUGUUGCUUUGGAAGAGCAGGAUAUCAAAAAGCUUUUGAAUUUGCUGGAGAUAAUGUCCUCAUUGAAUCUGGACAGCCUCUUCCCUGUGGACCACAUUCGAUGUUUUCUUUUGCUGGUAUCUUUGGCUGCCAACACCAGAGCAAAUGUUGCAUGCCAUGAGGCUUUAUCUUUGAAGUUCCUGGCAACCUGCUUCCACCUCCUAGCAUGCCUACAGACUGGCAGAAAUGUAAACUCAUCCUUCAAGGUUUUGCAUGCCAGUGAUGUUCUUGAAGUUCUCCUAACCUCCAUGUUUUCAGUCUGUGAGACUUUUGUCGGCAUUCGCUUAACAGCUGCUCCUUGGGAUGAACUUCUUCGUGCGAUCCAAACCUUUUUGGAACUUUAUCUUCAGAUAACUCUUGAGAGGAGGCAGAGUGUGCAACUAAACAUGGAAAAAUUCACAUCUUUCCUCACAACAUGCCAGCUGUCGGCAGCGAGAGGGAAACACUCUGAGAACUGGAGCCCUGCAGCCGAGCAGCUUCUGUUGGUGGCACUAACUGCAGAGUGCCACGUUCUGACUUUGCACCUCCAGCAGCAGCAUGGCAAGCGGCAGGCUUCAGGAAUGUUGCCUACUUUGCUUGAACAGGCAGUGCUACAGACAGGAGCAACCAUCCAGCUCUGCCUUAGAAACAACACAAAAGGACAGCCAUUGCCUUUAGCACUGAUACCGUGCCUUGCUACCCUUCUGAAAGCAGAUUUAGCUUGUGCACAUCCGGUGGGCCUUGGGACUGGGGAGGAUGAACAAAACAGUCCUAAGGAGCCAACCAAAUCUCAGCUCUCUCACAGUGAAUUGUACCAACAAUUUUACACCAAGAUGUUGAAAGAGCUUCACUUGGCAAAUGGCAACAUCCAGUUCCUUUGCUCUGCACUGCAGUUCUUAACUGCCUUCUGUUCUGUGCCAGACUUGUAUCCUGCCCAAGAAAUGCCCAUUGCUGUAUUUCACACCAUCAGGAAACUACUUGCGGGUCCUGGAGUCACAGUCCAAGUGAUUCAAGAUCUGGAAAUGCAGCUAAUGGAACUGAUUGCCCAGCUGGUGAAGAACUGCACAACUGGUGACUUCUGCACCAUGUUGAGGCUGUUGCUUGAGGGACUAGAUGUUUGCAACAUGUGGAAUAUAAAUCCUCAAGAAGUAUUAUCAUCUGUUAUGCUAAUCAAAGUGCUACUUGAGUGUCCUUUAAAUGGAGAGAAAGAGAAGGCAUUCUGGCUUUCCAGUCCCCAGAUAAUCACUGCUUUAGUUGUGCAGACCAAAGAGGCUUCUCAAGAUCAAGCGAUGGUUCCUUCACUCAUUGUGCCUAUACUGGAGACAGUGGCUAUUCUCCUGCGUCAGGGAGAAGGGAUUAUCUCCAACCCUCAUCAUGUUUCUCUUGUCUUCAACAUUCUUCUGACUGUUCCUCUUGACCAUCUGAAGAUAGAGGACUAUGGUAGCAUCUUCCUGGGAAUUCAUGAAAUUCUCUUUUCCAUACUACAGUGCCACCCUAAGGUGAUGCUCAAGGCAGCUCCGUCUUUCCUGAACAGUUUCUAUAGACUGGUUAUUUCUGUUAUGCAUGAUGGAAGACAGAAAGGAGAUGGAGGGACCACAGAUGAAUUUGGAGUGAUAUUGAAAUGUGCCCACUUGGUGGAGCGGAUGUAUAGUUACAUUGCUGCAAAAACAGAAGAGUUCACUGCAUUAUCUGCCUUCAUUGUGGCCCAGUAUGUGAUUGAGCUGCAGAAGGUGACCUUGCACCCUGCUGUAAAGAAACAUCUAACUGAAGGAAUGUAUCACAUUCUUGAUCUGUGCAUUGAACGUGAUAUCAAGUUCUUGAAUGCAUCUCUACCAAUGGGAGUAAGAGAAGUUUUGAAGGAGCUGUAUCGGGACUAUACUCACUACCACAAAGCUCUGAAGCAAGGAGACGAAAAAUAUACAGCAUGAGCAACCCUUUCUUUGGGUUCAGAAUCUCGUAGGGAUUUUCCUCAUGAUGAGCACCUGCUGUUCUUAAGGAUUUCUGUACUGGUUUAUGGCACUUGAGUUAGUCUGAAGUCCAGGGACUGUGCUCAUCUUGGUAGGUACCUUUGGAACUUUCCCUCUGGCUGUAGCAAACGUUUGCAUUUCUCAGGACAGCAGGAAGCAUUUAUUUUUUAAAGAAAUUUUUUUUUUGAAGAAAGUAAUAUAAACCAAUUUGUAUAUUGCAAGGACAAAAAUUAGUUCCAUGAAGACAAAGUCUAUUUGAUGUUCAUCCAGAUUUGGCUUGGUACUUCAUGUUGGGGAUCUUGUUCCUCCUUUGUGCCUGAGUUGAGAACCUUCAAGAGAAUGCAGCUUUUCUGUUGCUGCAGGCAAUAAUCAUUUAUACUAAAGAAUGCAACAGUUUCAUUAUUUUUAUAUUUAGGCCAAGAACAUCUGUAAUUGUAUGAUGUUAUUAACUAAUUGUUAAAGCUAAGUUUUUGUUUUUUUAAACUGGGUUCUCUCUUCUAUCCAUCAAACUGAGACUCUAGUGAAGUACAGUCUUGCUGCAGCAUGUAUGCGCUUUGCCGCUGGCCUGUGAUGUGUGAGCAUAUGAUUGCUCAAAUUGCCUCACUGUCCUUCCAGCAUAGCUUCAUGGUGGUUGAGACUUCAAGAUCUGCCUUGUCUUAAAGGAUAGCUGGGGGAGGACAGGAGUGGGAAGGCAUCCCCCCAAAUCAUUCCUUGUUUGUCACAUUUGUGCCUUGGAGCAGCAUGCAUGGGCUUAACCCUGCGAGGUAAGUUAAACUGGGAGACGGUGAGCCUCCCAAGGUCAUGUAGUGAGCUUUAUGGCAAGUGAAAGUUUGAAGCCAGAUGCCUCUGGUCCAAGUUCCAACACUUUUCCCACCAGCUGUACUUUACAAAGCUACUCUGCAUAACAUACUUUGAGAAAUCUUUGCCAAGUAUCACUUCUUCCUUGUGGCUUCUUCUUCACUUCUUCUACUGUGGCUUCCUUGUGCCACAAUAGUUUAGCAUGUGGUUACUUGAUGUUUCUCAGGAUGUUACAGUGAAACAGAAAUUGGGGAACUGGUAUGUUGCAGAGCCUUUCCCUCACCCCCGUUUGGAAGCACUGGAGAAAGGUGAUGGAAAGGCAGCAGGCAUGUUGUAGGGGAAGAGCAGGAGCAGGGGAAAUAUAAGGGGGAAGAGACCCUUCUUUCUUCCCAGCCCUCUCCCAAAUGCCUUUGUGCUGUUUGCAGUUUCACGGGCACUUAUUUCAUCAGUAACAUAAAUCCUGCUUUGAGUGUUGUGAUUCUGCUAAUUAUGCAGACAUCUCUUUCCCCCUCAACUUCUAGCUUCCCUAGACUUGAUGCUUGUCAGAAUCAAGCAGAAAAUGGAGUCCACAGUGAAGGAUUCUCUUUGCAGGAACAAAACAAAAAGUUUCUGACAAUGCAACUGAGCUGUUUCAGAUCCCUCAGGGAAAAUCCUAAGAACUUUCAAAUCUCACAUGGAGGAAAAUUAGAUACCUGGCAGCAAAAAAAGGAGCAAGACCAUGACUGUGAAGCAAAAUCCAGAAUAUUUUGGUGGGGCAGAAAUCUGCCUAGCCAGUAUCGUGUUGCUAGGUGUAGUAGUCCUGGGCAACUCUUGAAAAAUUUAAAAGUAAAGGUUUGAACUUCAAACAUAAAAUACUGAAAACCUAAAACCUCAGUCAAACCUAAAAUACUGUUUUCACAGUAAAGAAUUUGGAGGCUCUUCUUCCAAGGUAACAACCUCAGUCUUUGUACAACAGGGAUUUUAACAGUGUUCCAGCUGUAUAGCCUUUUUGACUUUCAUGGGUCAUGCAUUUGAAGAGAGGUGGUCUUGUGGUAGCCCCCUUAGCUAAGCAGGGUCUGCCCUGGUUGCAUAUGAAUGGGAGACUGUAAGAUAUUCCCCUCGGGAUGGAGCCACCGCUCUGGGAAGAGCAGAAGGUUUCAAGUUCCCUCCCAGCCUUCUCCAAGAUAGGGCUGAGAGAGAUUCCUGCCUGCAACCUUAGAGAAGCUGCUGCCAGACUGUGAAGACAAUACUGAGCUAGAUAGACCAAUGGUCUGACUUGGUAUAUGGCAGCUUCCUAUGUCAUUAUGCUUUUGGAGAACUCUUUGGGCCAGCUAUCUGUGCAUACCACAGAUGAUGAGCCUCCUGAAGCUUUCAUAAGUGAUUCUGGGAUAUAAGAUGAGUCAAGAACCCUUGAUUUUGCAGUGGCUGUCCCUCUUCUGCCAGUUUUCUUCAGCCUCUGAGUCAUCCCUUUGGCAUAUAAACACUGGGGAAUUGAAAGUGAGUCAGGAGGUUGCUAUCCUUGGAUAACUGAUCAUGUAAACAGCCUCAAGACAGCAAGGAAAAAGAUGCUAAAAGGAAAGCCAAAUACAGUCCUUAUAUUAACAUUUCUUGCAACAUCUCAAUGAUUAAUGGAUUGUAUCCAAAGGCUCCCUUCCUCCAGAUGAAGCUCUUUCUGUUGAAGGCAGGAAACCUUUGUGUUCAACCUAGUUAAUUUAUUCUUGCCACUGUUUCUGUGGUAGUAAAUUUCCUCCAUUAUUGGGUCCACACAAGAAGCAGAAUGAAUGGUAGUAUCCUGAGGUAGGAGUGUCGACUGUGUCACUCCAGGAUGCAACUGGGUGUGUGUGGGGGGGUGUGUGUGUUCGUGUUCGUGUUCUCCCAUCCUCUUCUUUGUAAACACACAACUCUCUGGUGUUUUUGCUUGUGAGGAAAUUUUUGUUUAUGUAGGGAAGCAUUCAAAAAUGUGAUUCCCCAACUGUAGUAGGAAGUGAUACUGUCCAUUCUGGUCCUUAACUUUCCUAACUGAGAGCUGGUAUACCUGUAAUUGUAACCUUCACUGUGUGUUGUAUGUUAUGUCUGUGGUAUUUUUCACAUGGUGGUUUAGUAUUGGUAAUCAUAACACCAUGGAUAAGUCAGGACAUGAAUAAAGAGCUGCAUUGGG